GGUCCGGUUCGGUUUUGUUCGGUUCACAGUAUUUCCCUAGCAAUUUCAGUCGACCGGAAUUUAAACAGUUACAUACGUAAUUAUUCAAUUAACAAUUAGUAGUAAUUUACACAAUAGUACAAUACCAAUCAUCCAUCAGCCCACCAAACUUUUAUUUCCCUUAGAGAUCAAGGCUUCUCUCUUAUACAUUUUAAAUGAAGAUAGAAUUCAGAUUUCAGAUAGAGUUUCAUUAUCCAUUUUAUAGUCUGCAGUUCAAGCAUCUAGAACCAGACAAUGAAAGGGAAUCAACCAUAUGAUAUGAUGUCACACACACUAUAUGUGUAGCUUCUAAGGAAACCAAAAAAUCAUAUAGAUCAAAACAAUAACCAAAAUUAUGAACUCAGAAUGGGAAAUGGAUUCUGAUCGAAAGAAAACAUUUUUCAAAUGCACAAAAUGGCAAUUCGAGGACACACUUGAUCCUAUUAACUGCCCUUUCCACUACUUCUGCGACAGCAUCUACGCCGGCGACUACCCUCAAAUCACUGAUGUUCUGGUUUUCUUCUUCAUCACGGUUCUUUACUUGACGACGCUAAUUGUUGUCUUAAGGAAGGUAAUUAUAUCAAGAAGAAGAAGAGAAGAUGCUAAUGAUGAUGAUGAUGAUGAUGAUAAAGCAAAGAGGUACUUACUUCCUUCUGGUCCAAUCUCUCUUCCUUUGAUCAUCUUGAUCCUUGCAAAAGGUCAAAGGAUCAACACCCUUUUCCCAAUUUCCAUCUUUGGACCUGCUAUAGUACAGCUUGUUCAACUCUCGGUGCUUAUGUUCGAGAACAAUAUUGAAAAAGAAGCGAGCUUUGUCUUCUUCGAAGCCUCUACUAUCUCGGGAAUCCUCCACGCUAGUCUUUACUUAGACGCUGUGAUUCUCCCCUACUAUACAGGAUUUGAUGCUCUGGUCACGUCAACUUUCUCUGGAGUCUGCAAGUCUUGUAUAUGCAGGAAAGAGCCAUUAAUAGUGGGAGGGAAGAUUGUCACGUACCGAGGAUGGUCUAGUACAACGUUCUUGGUGGUUGGUGUUUUGAUUUUGAGGAUUAUAAGCAAGUUAUGCAAAGAAGAAGGAAAGAAGAAGAGAGUUUUGGUGAUUAAAAAUGCAGUGGAAGGAUUGGCAUUGCUUGUUCUUAUACGAGAUUGUGUGUACUUGGCGGUUAUGUCUCCUGCUGAAGAGCCCAUCUUGUUUAGGGUUUUUGUGUAUGGUUCUCUUCUUCUGUUGAUCUGUGUUUAUGUAAUUACACAAUUCUGUUGUUUGGUUAGUAGGAGACAGAGUAAGAAGACAUCAGACACUUGACAUUUGAAACAACAAGGAAAAAACAGAGGCAAGAUGAAGUAAAUGUAAAUGAUACUAUUGCUUAAAGAUGAGUUAUUUUUGGGUGUGAUGAUGAAAUGGUAAAACUCAAACAUUUACUUCUAUAUUUAU